AUGGACAGCCCACGGCAAGAUGAUAGCUGUAACACAGGUGGAGUUGCCGCCACCACAAUAGCCCAACGUGUGGCAUCCGAGAUGAGAUAUCAGCUUGGAGAAGAGGUUGGUUACUCUGUCAGGUUCGAGGAAGCGACCUCAGCAAAAACUCGAAUCAAGUUUCUUACUGAUGGUAUGCUUUUGAGGGAGGCUCUAAUAGAUCCUCUAUUGACAAAGUAUUCUGUGAUCAUGGUUGAUGAAGCUCACGAAAGAUCGCUUAGCUCUGACAUACUGCUCGGCCUUCUGAAGAUAAUACAGAAGCAAAGACCUCAGCUCAAAAUUCUUGUCAGCAGUGCUACUGUCGAAGCGGAGAAGAUGGCACAAUAUUUCGAUGAUGGUGCUGAUGAAGUGUCUAAUUCUAGAUGCAGAAUUGUUGCUUUGACUGGGCGCUCCCACCCCGUUGAUGUACAGUAUUUCGAAGCACCAGUAGAAGACUACGUCGCCAAGGCUGCUCAGGUAGCCAUCGACAUUCACAAAGAGGAGGGUCCUGGCGACAUCUUAAUUUUCCUGACUGGGCGUGAUGAGAUUCAGAGAGGCAUUGAGAUUCUGAGCGACUACGCGCAAACAAUAUUACCUAACGCCCAAGCACUCCAACCACUGCCUCUGUACGCUGGGUUGAACCAGGCUGAGCAAAUGUAUGUCUUCUCUCCAGCAGCUGAAAAUACUCGCAAAGUCAUUCUCAGCACCAAUGUUGCAGAGGCUUCUGUCACCAUCGAUGGAAUUGUGCAUGUUAUCGAUUGCGGUUUCGUCAAAUUACGAACUUACAAUCCUGUUACCAAUAUCGAAGCACUUACCAAAGUUCCAAUUUCUCAAGCGUCUGCUACUCAACGUGCAGGUAGAGCAGGGAGAACCCGACCAGGGAAGUGUUACAGACUCUAUACCAGCAUCGCUUUUCAAGCUCUAUCGCAUAGCACAUCGCCGGAAAUACAACGUACGAACUUGGCACCAGUCAUUCUUCAGCUUAAAGCACUCGGCAUUGACAACGUCGUCUCAUUCCCCUAUUUUACUCCGCCACCAGCUAAACUUAUGGCACGUGGGAUGGAAUUGCUAUAUGCCUUGGACGCACUCGAUGAUUAUGCGAAGCUCACAACCCCACUUGGCACGCGAAUGGCCGAACUCGCGCUGCCACCAAUGAUGGCAAAAGCACUCCUUACAUCUACAGACCUUCGCUAUUCUUGUACUGCAGAAAUGCUUACUGUUGCUGCCAUGUGUAGCCUGCAAUCAACAGGGAACACAAGUAUCUGGUUCGACCAUGAAGAUCGCAGAACUGCAACGGAACUUUCACGACGCAAAUUCGCUGCAGAAGAAGGGGAUCACCUCACAUACCUCAACGUUUUCAACGCCUAUAUGACAAAAGGCAAGCGAGACCAGCGAUGGUGCCAACAACAUCACUUAAACCACAAAGUACUAGGUAAAGCCGUAGCAAUUCGAUCCCAGCUGAGGCGAUACCUCGAACGAUUUCACAUUCCAUUCCAGGACGAUGCACUCUCGAGCUCCUACCAGCCUCCACCCGAUAUCACGACUCGAAUCCUCAAAUGCCUCACUGCAGGGUAUUUCACCAACGUGGCAAGGAUGAGCGCCAUCGGUGGCACAUUCAAACCAUUAGCGACAAGACCGAAAGAGAACCCGUUGACAAUGUAUGCGCACCCGACGAGUUUGAUGUUUAACCGCAAGGCAGAUUGUGUUUUGUUUCACGAGUUAUUAGAGACUGGGGAGAAGAUAUACCUCAAGGACAUUAGCAAGAUAGAGAAGAGCUGGGUGUUGGAGGCUGGGCAUAGGUAUUAUGAGGUAAAAGAAGGAAGAUAG